GCAAGCUCCAGGAUCACAUUCUUCUCCCAGUCCCUGCUGAGCCCAGGGCAAGAAGCAGCCAAGGUCCCUCUCAUCCUCUAGGAUCUUCUCCCCAGAGACGCCUAAGUGGGUACAGCUGCUUCUGUUGUUGCUCUCGCAGCCAUGACUCUGCCCCACAGCCCUGGAAAUGUGGGGGAGCCCCGGCCCCCCCAGGCCGUGGAGGUCCACCGGUUGGAACACCGCCAGGAGGAGGAGCACAAGGAGGAGCGGCAGCACAGCCUGCACAUGGGGUCCUCAGUGCGAAGGCGGACCUUCCGCAGCAGCGAGGAAGAGUAUCAGUUCAGCGCCGCAGACUAUGCCCUCGCAGCAGCCCUGGCCCUGACGGCCUCCUCCGAGAAGUCUUGGGAGUCCCAGCUGAGGCGCCAGACCUCCGCCGUGGAGCUGGAGGAGCGGGGGCAGAAGCGAGUGGGCUUCGGCAACGACUUCGAGAGGACUGAGAUCGCCUUCCUGCAGACCCAGUGGCUACUGCGCCAGAGACGCGACCGGAAGGCGCUGAGGCGGCGGAUGGAGGAGAAGGUUCAGGAGGCCAAGGAGCUGAGGGAGCUGUGUUCCGGCCGGGGGCCCUGGUUCUGGAUCCCACUGCGUUCCCACGCCGUGUGGGAGCACACCACAGUCCUGCUGACGUGUACUGUCCAGGCCUCACCUCCACCCCAGGUCACCUGGUACAAAAAUGACAUGCGAAUCGAUCCCCGCCUCUUUCCCGCCGGAAAGUACCGAAUCACCAACAACUAUGGGCUGCUGACGCUGGAGAUUAGGAGAUGCACCAUUGAGGACGCAGCCACCUACACGGUGAUGGUGAAGAAUGCCUAUGGCCAGGCCUCCUCCUUCGCCAAAGUCCUUGUCCGAACUUACAUGGGGAAGGAUGCUGGCUUCGAUUCGGAGAUCUUUAAAAGACUGUUGUUUGGCCCCAACGUGGAAUUCACAUCGGUGCUGAAGCCAGUCUUUGCCCGAGAGAAGGAGCCCUUCUCUCUGUCCUGCUUAUUCUCAGAAGACGUGUUAGAUGCUGAGCAGAACAUCCAGUGGCGCCAAGAUGGGAGACUACUGAGACCCUCAGGACGCCGGCAGAUCCUCUACGCAGACUGCCAGGCAUCCCUGAAGGUGUCCUGCGCCUACAAGGAGGAUGAGGGGCUCUACACUAUCCAGGUGCCUUCCCCCUUUGGGCUCCAGGAGCAGAGCACCUAUGUGUUCGUGAGAGAUGCAGCAGCCGAGAAGCCAGGGGCCCCAGGCUCCCCUCUGAAUGUCCAAUGCCUGAAUGUGAACAGAGACUGCCUCAUCCUGACCUGGACCCCACCCAGCGACACCCGGGGCAACCCCAUCACUGGCUACUCCAUCGAGCGGUGCCAGGGCGAGUCUGGGCAGUGGGUGCCCUGCCAUGAGGCCCCCAGCGGGAUCUGUCGGUGCCCUAUCCAAGGCCUCCUCGAAGGCCAGAGCUAUCGGUUCCGGGUGCGAGCCGUCAGCAGGGCAGGCAGGAGCCUCCCCUCCAAGGCGUCAGAACUGGUUGUCAUGGGCGACCCAGAUGAAGCCCGGAAAAAGACAGAGAUCUCCUUUGAUCUGGGAAACAAGAUCACAGUCAGCACAGAUGAUUUUGAAGACUUUGUGACCAUCCCCUCGCCCCCCACCAACGUCCACGCCAGCGAGAUCCGUGAUGCCUAUGUGGUUCUGAGCUGGGAGGAGCCAAGGCCUCGGGGCAAAGCCCCCCUGACAUACACCCUGGAGAAGUCAAUCAUAGGGAGCGGCACCUGGGAGGCCAUCAGCUCAGAAACUCCUGUGAAAUCCCCAAGAUUCGCCCUUUUGGAUCUGGAGAAAGGGAAGUCAUAUGUCUUCAAAGUGAGAGCAAUAAACCAGUAUGGCAUGAGCGAUCCCUCAGAGCCCAGCGAGCCCAUCGCCUUGAGGGGGAGGCCAGCUACUCUCCCUCCUCCAGCUCAAGUUCAAGCGUUCCGAGACACGCAGACCUCUGUGUCCCUGACCUGGGAGCCCGUGAAAGACGCCCCAGAACUCCUGGGUUAUUACAUCUACUCCCGGGAGGCAGGAUCAUCUGAGUGGCAAACGGUUAACAACAAACCCAUCCAAGGCCACAAGUUCACAGUUCCUGGGCUAAGGACGGGGAAGGAGUAUGAGUUUUGUGUCAGAUCAGUCAGCGAGGCUGGGGUAGGCGAGAGCUCAGCUGUCACCGAACCCAUCAGGGUCAAGCAGGCUCUGGCCACGCCAUCUGCCCCGUAUGAUUUCGUGCUCCUGAACUGUGGGAAGAAUGAUAUGGUCAUUGGGUGGAAGCCCCCCAAGCGUCAUGGAGGUGGCAAGAUCCUGGGCUACUUCCUGGACCAGCACGACUCAGAGGAGCUGGACUGGCACCCGGUCAACCAACAGCCCAUCCCCACCCGGGUCUGCAAGGUCAGUAACCUUUGUGAAGGCCACUUCUAUGAGUUCCGUGCCCGGGCAGCAAACUGGGCAGGGGUUGGCGAGCUGUCAGCACCCAGCAGCCUGUUUGAGUGCAAAAAGUGGACGAUGCCCCAACCAGGGCCCCCGUAUGAUGUGCAGGCGUUCGAGGUGCAGGCCACCUCCUUGGUGCUGAAGUGGGAGCCCCCACUGUACACAGGAGCUGGGCCCGUCACGGGCUACCGCAUCAGUGUCCAAGAGGAAGGCUCUGAACAAUGGAAGCCUGUCACCCCAGACCUCAUCUCUGGCACCCACCUGAGGAUCUCUGACUUGCAGCCGGGGAAGAGUUAUGUGUUCCAGGUUCAGGCCGUGAAUUCGGCCGGUCCAGGACAACCGUCCAUGCCCACCGACCCCAUACUCCUGGAAGACAAGCCAGAUGCCCGAGAGAUCGAGGUUGGUGUGGAUGAAGAAGGCUUUAUCUACUUGGCUUUCGAAGCUCCUGAGGCCCCUGACUCGGCGGAGUUUCAAUGGUCCAAGGACUACAAGGGCCCGCCAGACCCCCAGAGGGUCAAGAUCGAGGAGAAAGCUAACAAGUCCAAGGUCAUCCUGAAAGAGCCUGGCCUUGAAGACUUGGGCACCUACUCCGUGGUGGUCACCGAUGCUGAUGAAGACAUCUCGGCCAGCCACACGCUGACGGAGGAAGAGUUGGACAAGCUGAAGAAGUUGAGCCAUGAGAUCAGGAACCCAACCAUCAAGCGGAUCUCCGGCUGGAACGUUGACAUCCUCGAACAAGGAGAGGUGCGCCUGUGGCUGGAAGUAGAAAAGUUAUCUCCAGCCGCUGAGCUGCAUCUAAUCUUCAACGAGAAGGAGAUCUUCAGCUCACCGAACCGCAAAAUCAAUUUUGUCCGAGAGAAGGGCCUGGUGGAAGUGAUCAUCCAGAACCUGUCAGAGGAUGACAAAGGGUCCUACACCGCUCAGCUCCAGGAUGGAAAAGCCAAAAACCAGAUCACCCUGGCACUGGUGGAUGACGAUUUUGACAAACUUUUGAGGAAAGCAGAAGCUAAGAGAAGAGACUGGAAGAGAAAACAGGGUCCGUAUUUCGAGGAGCCCUUGCAGUGGAAGAUCACGGAAGACUGCCAAGUGCUGCUGACCUGCAAGGCGACCAACACCAAGAAGGAAACCCACUUCCAGUGGUUCUUCCAGAAGAGAGAGACACCGGCCGGUCAGUACGACCCAGAGACUGGAGUAGGAACUCUGUGCAUCGAAGAGCUGUCCAAAGAGGACCAGGGAAUUUAUAGAGCAACGGUUUCUGACAAUCGAGGGGAGGAUGACACCAUACUGGACCUCACAGGUGAAGCCCUGGAUGCCAUCUUCACUGAGCUGGGCAGGAUUGGUGCCCUCUCUGCAACCCCACUGAAAAUCCAGGGGACUGAGGAGGGGAUCCGGAUCUUCAGCAAGGUCAAGUACUUUGACAUCCAGUACAUGAAAACCACCUGGUUCCACAAAGAAAAGCGCCUGGAGAGUGGUGACCGCAUAAGGGCUGGCACCACCCUGGAUGAGAUCUGGCUCCACAUCCUGGACCCCAAAGACUCAGACAAGGGCAAAUACACCCUGGAGGUAGCCGCGGGGAAGGAAACCCGGCAGCUCUCAACUGAUCUCUCGGGACAAGCUUUUGACGAUGCUUUGGCUGAGCACCAGAGACUGAAAGCCUUGGCCAUCAUUGAGAAGAAUCGUGCCAAAGUGGUGAGGGGCCUGCCAGAUGUAGCCACCAUCAUGGAAGAUAAGACCCUGUGCCUGACCUGUGUCAUCUCGGGAGACCCCAGCCCUGAAAUCUCUUGGCUGAAGAAUGACCAGCCUGUCACCUUCCUUGACCGCUACCGCAUGGAAGUGAGGGGUUCGGAGGUCACCAUCACCAUCGAAAGGGUCAACAGUGAGGACAGUGGGCGCUACGGCGUCUUCGUCAAGAAUAAGUAUGGCUCUGAGACGGGCCAGGUCACCAUCAGCGUGUUUAAGCACGGGGAGGAGGCCAAGGUGCUAGAGAAGACGAGAGGGCAUGCGGAGGCACCACCUGUGGUCUAGUCUGCAUGGACCAGUGGGGUCAAGCAGUACGUCACAGCCUGGCACAGGCCAUGGGGGCAGGCGGGGGGUGGGGGGAGGGGAAGGGGACAGGGUGGAACCGCGGAUGGGGGGGAAGUGGGGAUGAGAGUGGACCGAGCACACCAAAGCACAGAAGCAAAGGCCUCGCUGGGGUCCUGAACGGUCUCGGGGUGGUGGGAUCGGCAAGACUCCGCUCCCAGUCCAAACUCUGCGUGAGCCUCACCUUUCUUAUCUGCUAAAUGGCAAUUCCUACUCCAAGGGAUUGUUUCUGAAAAACCCUUUAUCAACCAUAUUCCAGGGGUUCUCAACAAGAGGCACUUUGCCUUCCGGGGGGACAUUUGGCCAUGUCCAGACUUCUGGUUGUCACAAUCAGAGGCGUCUUCUGGCAUCUGGUAGGUAGAGGCCAAGGACGUUACUAAACCAUAGCUCCCCACCACAUAGAAUUAUCGGCCCCCAAAGGGCAGUGGUGCCGAGGUUGAGGCACCCUGCCGUAAACGGUUGGAUGGCCAUAUCCCUCGUUUAGGGGUCUGUAUUUUCAGUUCCCUUCAGUUCAACAAACAUUCAUCCGAGCUCCAGCUGUGCCAGGCUGAGGAGAUCACUGGAAGCUCAAAGAUAAAUGAUAUGCAGGCCCCACCCUCGAGGCUUCAGCCCAGAAGGAGAGACAGACCUGGAUACAAAAGACUCCAGGCCAGGCAGAUAAGGAUGACAAAACGGAUCCAAAGAAAGUGCCACUAGUGGUCAGAGGAGGGAGACAGAUGUUCGUCCUAGUGGGGGAAGGUGGGCUUUAAAACACCUUCACGGACCUAGCGGAAUUGGUGUUGGACCCUGAAAAACGAGUCCAAUUUGGCAACGGUAUUGGGAGGACAUUUCCGGAGGUGGGGAGAUGCUGCUUAGCUGGCCUUGGGUGCCAGGCUGGAGAGGACGACCACCUCAGGACCUCUCCCCGCUCGGGGCCUCUGCCUGGUGUGAGAGAUACUGGUUGGCCCUGCCCAAUGGACCUCAAUCCAGAGCGGGGCAUGUCUCAGCCCUCCUGUUUCCGUCUUUUUUUUUUUUUUUUUUUAAAUAAGAUUUGGAGGGAGUGGGGUUUAUAAAAUUAUAGAUGUUUGUUGUAAUAAUUUGGAAAACCGCGAAAACUGUAAAGGAUAAAAUAAAAAUCAUCAGUA